AUGGACGGACUGGAGUUCCAGUUAGGUCAUAGUUCUACUUCCCUAAGAGUUCCAUUCCUUGUGUCCAGCUCUACAGCUUUAGUCCGACCAAUCAUUGGCUAUAAUGUUAUCUGUCAUUACGUCAGUUCAAAUGAAGGUGUAAACAAGGCCCUGACGGAGGCACUGCUGGAGGUGAGUCCUAGGACAGUCAACCUAAUAACACAGAUGCUACGAGAGACGAAGACAGAACAUGAUGUAUACAGCAAGUCAUCAGCACAGGAAAUACCGCCAAAAAGUUCCCGGAUUAUACGUGCCUAUGUGAGAAUCAAGAGGAACCAUGGAGGUCAGUGGAAGGGAUUGUUCACCCCUUCAGUUACAGAGGACAGUGGAUUGGUGAUGAGUGAAACAUUACUUACUGUGAGUGGCAAUCAUAAUCGGUCAAUGAUUUUUGUUAGCGUCUCAGUAAAGAACCAGACGAACUCUGUUGUGAUUUUAAAGAAAAAUACUUACUUGGGCACUCUAGAAGCGGUGUCUUCAUCUGUGAACGUAAAUUCUGUCAAUAUUUUGAGUGCGGAGACCAUGGACACACAAAGUACAAACAAUGGGAAGUGGGAUCCACCUGUUCUUUUACCCACAGACAAGUUAAAUACUGAAGAUCAGCAAAAAGUGAAGCAGCUGCUUUUUGAGGUUCAUCCGGAAGUCGAAGUCCGCCUUUGCCAGUCCGUGGUAUGUGUGAGGAAGAAGGACGGUAGUCUACGUCUCUGUGUGGACUACAGGAAGAUAAACCAAAAGUCAGUAGCUGAUAGUCGGCCCCUCCCAAAAAUCCAGGAUGCACUUGACAGCCUUGGGGGCAGCAAAUGGUUCUCUCUACUUGACCAAGGGAAGGCUUACAAAUGUACCAUCAGGGGGUGA